AUGUUAUCAUUUUCUUCUAAUGGCAAAGAAUUAACAACGGCGGUGUAUAACAGAAAGAUUAGCCUUUGGGAUCUAGCGACACAGCAGCUAAUGAAAACUUUCGAGUUUGGUGUAAAUCUUGUGGAAAUAGGCUUUUGUUCAGCAGUGAAACAACUAGUAGCGUUGACAUAUCCUGACCACGGUGAUGAUGGGGAUAGCGCAACUGUCAAGCGUUGGGCUAUAGCGACAGGGGAAUUAGUGUGUACCUUCCCGGUAGCCAUUCCCUAUCACCAGUUGGACAGAUUUAAAGCAGAUUUCUCCUUUGACGGAGGAAAAUUGGCACUAAUAGGAGAAGAUAACACUGAAAUAUGGAACCUGGCAGCAGGACAGCAGGAGGCGAGCAUGCGGAUCCUUGAUAAGGGAAAGGCUUGUUACGAUUUCGACCGCAAGCAACCAGUACAAGUGUUCCAUGGCGAAAUAAUAUUCGGCGACAUAAAAACAAGAGAUCUCGAGAAAAUUAGAACAAUUGGCCAAAGAGUGGACUCGGGCCGUGACGAGGUUUGUGAUAUUGCUUCAUCUCGCGACGGGAAGCGGGUAGCGACGGCGCUUUACAAUGGCUUUGUUCAACUUUGGGAUGUUGAUGCGUGUCUGGAGGAGAUCGAUGCGCAGUCAAAGACUUCUACGGAAAACCGUGAAUACAUUACCACCGUUACUUUAUCCCCCGAUGGUACUAGACUAGUAUUGGGGCUAGAGAGCAGCACCGUUCUUUGGGAUACAGCGUCGGACCAGCCAAUAAAAACCUUUAAAGGGAUCUCAGAUGUGUUCUUCUCACCUAACAGCAAGUUCAUGGCAUUAAUAUUAACAACGCGAUACCGCUUGGCUUGCAAAGCCAAGCUCUUCGAUGCAUCAGAUGUAACGCGGCCAAAGAUAACACUUAACGUGAUAAAGAAGAGAAGCCUUAGAAGAUACCUUCCGCCAUUUCUCGAUAACGGUGGGGGAAAUUGGUUUCUCACUGCCUGUUUCUCUCCUGGCAGCCAACGACUAGCACUAGCGACAGGAUUCGGUGAGGUUAAAGUCUUGGAUACGGCGACAGGCAAGUUGGUACAGUCUCUCCAACCUUUUGAUAGAAGUCGAGACCUUUGGAGAGUUGGAAUGGCUUUUCCGGAUCAUGGAGCGCAGUUGGUAUUGCAAGAAAGGGGGACCAUCACGAUCUGGGAUAUAGAGACGAAGCAGAAGCUUCAACAAAUUGAAAUAUAUUAUGAGGAUUCCCUUAACUACAUUAAAACGGUUGCCAUUUCGCCCGACAGAAAACUGUUGGCAACAGCGUCGUGGCGCAAUCUUUUCCAACUCUGGGACACAGCGACAGGGCAAUUACUAGAAGCCUUCCAAUCAGAAUUUUCCACUCGGGGUUUGCACUUCUCUAGUGACUGCCUAUACCUAGAGACCGAUGGGGAGACCAUUGUCGUCUCUUCUAUCUAUUCUCUCCCUCUCCGUAUUAUCUCUCAGAAGCCCUCAGGCCGCAUCCUUCUUACGGAUGGCUGGGUAACUCGGCAUGGUCAAAAUAUUCUUUGGUUGCCGCAUGGUAACCGAGGCAGGCGUUCAGAUUCAAACGACAGACUCCUUAUCCUCGGUCAAUACUCCGGAGAAAUGAACCUUUUCGAAUUCACCAAUGUACCUACCGAGGUCGAAGACACUUGA